CACACUUAAAAUAAAAUCCCUAAUUUUUUGUCGUGCUGAUCUCAGUAACUCGCUCAGAUUGGGAUUGAGAGAUUUGGUGGAGGAUGACGACGUUAGGAGGAUUGUUAAUUGGGAUAGGAAGAUCAUUCAGAAGGAAGAGAGCUUCUUCACUUGAUAUUCUCUCCCCUAAAAGAGCUCCUAGAAACUACUACAAGGGCAAAAACUGUAAACCUCUUGGUUUCCACACCCGCAAAGGAGGGUAUGUUGUGCAGCCAGAUAAAUUGCCGAAUUACGUAGUCCCUGAUCUUACUGGCUUUAAGCUCAAACCAUAUGUAUCUCAGUGCCCUAUAAAAGUCAACACAAACGAGUCAACCAAAGCUUCCAAGUGAAAAUAGUCAGCCAGAAAAAAAAACAUCUUCUUAGGUCUUCUUCAUUGAGUUUAAGUUAAGGACUGUGUUCUACUAAAAUUUUCUUCUGUUGUCCUUGAUCGUUUUAUGCUAUUCUCAAAACGGGAGAUUGAUUUUGGUUUUAUAUUUUCAUGAAAUGUUACAAAAUAAUAUAUAACAUUUUCAUUUGACAGUUCAGAUGUUCACAACUUCAUUUGAUUAAUUGAGUUAUGAACCUUAAA